AUGAUGUUAAUGAAAUUAUUCUUACUCUUGAGUUUACAAUUAUUUUCAUGUUUUUCUAUCGAAACUAAACCAAAAUUAACCUUCGAUGAAUUUUUUGAUUAUACUACAUUUUCAUUAUCUGGAUUUUCUCCAACUGGUCAACAUUUGCUUUUUCAAACAAGACGUCCAUCCUGGAAUACUAGUUCUUAUGAGAAUGGUUUGUGGCUCUAUGACAUACAAAACCAUACAAAAAAAUUAAUUGCAACAAAUCCUCAUCAACGAAUCGAAACAAAGUGGUCACCUAGCGGUAACUACAUUGCAUUAAUAAUGAAACCUUAUUCAUUGGUAAACAUAACCGGUUAUUCUUCCAUUGAUGAUUUAUUUCCACAACGCAUUUAUUUAUAUUCUCUCAUAUCCGAUGAACUAUUGCCUAUUAAAAUUGAAAAAGAUAUUUUUUUAACUUUCACAUGGUCUAAUAAUGAUUCAGCUCUUUACAUAGCUGCGAAAAAUUUAUGGCCAUUAGUUGAAGAAUAUAUAUUGUAUAGAGAUGAAUGGAAAGGUGCUAUUCAAUAUCGACAAAAAAUGCAGCAUAUGAGUAGUUGUUCAAUCUAUCGUAUUGAUUUGAAUUUAAAGAAUAUCUCAUUACCUGUUGAGAGAAAAAUUAUUCGAAAUGUAUCCUUUCUCAUUAAUCGGUUACUAUAUAUUUCAUUUGAAGAACAACUUAUCUUCUUAUCACAGUCUACACUUGGUGAAGAUAUAGGUGGUUUUGAAAUAUAUUCGAUUAAUCUUCGAAAUACAUCCAAAUUGUCAAAAUUAACAAAUAAUGAAGUGCUGGAAAUAGGAUUACAGUUGUCACCCGAUGGUCAUCAUAUUCUAUUUCAAGCGCCCGAACGUAGAUUGAAUAAAGGGAAAUUUGACGCUUCACAAGGUCGUCUUUAUUCCUUAAACUUAAUUAAUGGACAAAUAACACGUUUAGGAGAAAAAUUUCGUGGGAGCAUUAGUAAUUACGAAACAAAGCUUGAUUCUAGUGUUUACAUACUUGGACAGUUAGGAACACAAACACAAAUUUAUACACAAAAAUCACCAAUGGAUAAUAUAAUUCUUCACAAUGGAUGGAUUGGAACAUACGAAUCGAUUGUAUCAUCCCAUAAUAAUGGAUCAAUUGCAUUUGUUUAUUCAUCAUUGGAAAAACCCGCGGAAGUUUAUUUUGCUAACAAUAUUGAUCAGUUAAAAUCAGCAAACGCAAUAACUAACGAAAAUGAAUUAUUUACUCGAAGAAAUUUACCUCAAACUAAAGUGUACAGUUGGAUAAAUGUAGAUGAUCAUCGAGUGAUUGAAGGAAUACUACAUUAUCCACCUGGAAAGUUUGAAUCUAAAAAUCUAUCUCUUUUAGUUCUUAUUCAUGGUGGUCCACAUGUUGCUAGUCUAAAUAUAUUUGACCAAUCUUGGCAUCAGUGGGCUUCAUUGGCAGCUUCAGAAGGUUGGCUAGUGUUAGAACCUAACUAUCGAGGAUCAACAGGCUAUGGUGAUCAAUUUCUUAAUGAAAUUUGUGAUAGACCUUUAUCUCAACCAGGAAAAGAUAUUCUUUGUGGAAUCGAUCAAUUGAUUAAAGAUGGUAUUGCUGAUCCACAUAGACUUGCUGUCGGUGGUUAUAGUUAUGGUAGUUUUUUAACAAAUUGGUUGAUUACACAGACUAAACGUUUUAAUGCCGCUCUAUCGGGUGCUGGUGCUGUUGAUCAUGCUUCAGCAUGGGGUACGAUGAGUCAUCCUGUACUAAUGAGAUAUUUGUUUGGAGGAUUUCCAUGGGAAGUACCAAGUACUUAUCAAAAUGAAGCACCUAUUUAUCAUUUAAAUAGAGUACGUACACCCACACACAUCAUUACUGGUGAAGAUGAUAAGCGAGUUCCGGCAAGUGAAAGCUAUAUAUUAGAACGGGCACUUUAUUAUCUUGGUAUACCUGUAAAAUUAAUUAUUUUUCCAAAAGAAGGACACUCAUUGGAUAAUAAUCCUUGGUAUGGAAAGAUAAAAGUUCGAGAAGAACUCAAAUGGUUACAAAAAUAUGGUAAUCAAUCACUGAACUACAAUGAAUUAUCUAGUCAUAGUGAAAAACCGAACUUAACUCAUGCUUUACAAUUAUAUAUGUUUUUAUUCUCUAUUGUAGUAAUAAUCAACACAUAA